GUUAUCUGAGUUAACUCGAACUAUAUUUUUAUUCGUCGAUGUAUCUAUCUAACACUAUCCAUGAAUUAUCCUCUUUGGAUUUCAAGCCCUAACUCUCUUAUUUUGACCAAUCUAUCACUCAACUAUCUUCUAAUCAGUAUUUGGCCAUCAGCAAUUUGUUUUUGCAUCUGAUAGAGUCCUCUUUACUCUUACACAAUAUGCUCUCUGAUUAGUGUUGGCGGAAGAAGCCAGAGAGAAAGAAGCCGAGAGUCGCCCAAAUGCCAUUUUCUAGUCUAGAUCGGCGGUUCAAUUUCUGUCUCUGCAAUAAACAAGCAAUCGAAUUCGUGAAUGCACCGAAUGGCAAAUCUAUCAUUAUAGAGAGAAACGAGAUUUGGAUCUUCUUUCAUUAAUCGGCACGGUCUACUAAUUUUGUUUUAGAGAGAGAAAAGGAGAGGAAUUUGUUGUAUUUUACAGGUUUUCGUCCGGUUUCAUUGUUUCAGAGAGAAGGAUAAAAUUGAAGAGAGAGAGGUGAUGUAUGGAUCCUCUCUUGUUGUUGGGAUGAAUGAAUUUGAUUCCAUUAGAAGAAUUUUUUGCUAAAGAAAGGUCGGUUGGUGUUAAUCAGAUCUAUUGGGGCAUUUUGAAUGUUGUAUUUUGGCAAUUCGUGAUAACACAUUUUGAAUGAUGAUUUCGAAUCCCGAUUUGGUUUAUUACGCCUCUGCUUCCAACGGAGCUACGAUUCUCGUAGAGUUCAACUCCGUGGAAGCCGAUCUCGGAAGGAUAGCUGCGAAAUGUCUCAAAAAGACGCCGCUUUUUCACAUCAUUUUCUCUCAUACCAUUCGACAAAGGACCUACAAGUUCUUGAUCGACGACCCUUUUAUCUAUUUCGCCGUGUUCGAUGAGAAUCUGGAUAACUCGAAAGGUCUUGCCUUUCUCAAAGGUGUCCUGUUCAUUGAUAUCAUUGAGAGCAAUCUCCUAUUGAAAGUUCUGGCGACCCAAACGGUGUUAGCGUUCCAUCCCAUCAAUGAUUUGGACAGUUUGCAUUUUCAUUGUUUUCAAGGCGAAUUCAAUCCAGUAUUCCAUCAAUUGUUGAUGCCACCGUCGAAUUUCGAUGCUCUGUAUUCGCCACAGAGAAUUUUGAAACACUCUCAGAGUGGAAGUUUGGAUUCGCCCAAAGGGUUGAAAUUUGGGUCUGUUGCUCAGAGGGGAUUGAAUAUUAAGUUGAAUAUGGAGAUGGGCGGUGAAGGCGAAGAUUCAGUGGUCGGUAACUGGGUGGAUAUUAUUAAUGGUGGUGCUGGUUUGAGUAGAGAGUUUUUGGUGUUAAUGCAAAAAAAAAAUGGAUUUUAUGCUGUGGAUUCAGGAACCCAAAGGGCAAAGCUAGUUUGGAAGAAACAUGUUUGGGUGGUGUUGUCAUUGGACUUGAUUGUUUGUUUUGUCUUGUUUGGGAUAUGGUUGUGGAUUUGCAGGGGAUUUAAAUGCAUUGAUGGUUGAAUUGGCACUAGCAGGUUUGGAUGGUGGUGUUCUCUGAUUGUUGGAUCUUUUUUCCUGUACAUUGCUAGCAGUUGGGUUCUGUGAUGAUUUUCAAAGGCCUAUUGGUAUAGUAAAAUAGAACCUCCAGUUACUUGUGAGUUUCCAAAUUGUGAUUCAGCUUCUACUGGUAAUCUAUUUUAUCAAUGAAGUCCUGGUAUUCUGGAAUAGUAUAUAUACUGCUUCUUAAUAUGGUUCUUAACUAUCUCAUUUUGUGUUAUGCUUUAAACUCUGUUUAAUUACAGAUAUUACGGGCCUACACAUUUUAAAAUUAUCUCUUCAGAAAUGUUUCUGGUUAACAUUAUGGAUUCACUAUUACUUUUUGUCACUUGGGCUGCAAGGCUGGUUGUGAUUAGAUUAGAUUGUAAGAGGUGUUUUCUCUUUGUGGAAAGGUUUCAAUUCGUAUCAUUACCUGUUUUAUAAUGUUAGGAACCUCUGAAAAUUGUCUUUAGACUUCCUCCUUUUUUUUCUUUUUUUUUUCUUCUGCUUCAUUGGUCACUUUGUUAUGAUCUAGCUUCACCAAUCAGUCUGAUUAGAUAAACCGUAUAAUAAUAUGGUCUAAUGGCCAUGUAGAGUACUUAAAACUAAAUCGUAUAUUGAAGUAUUUGCAUUCAUAAUCCAUCAAGAAACUGGUGAAAGUUACAUUUUAGGUUCUAAAAGGGCUGGGAAGGGUUAACCAAAACUUGGUCCCAGGCCCGAGCU